AUGAGUUUUGAUGGCCCAGACGUUAAAUCUAAUGUGCAAAAGCUCUUGCACAUGGGUUUUGAUAAUGAAACUAGGAUAGAGGAGGCUCUUCUUACAGCAAAUAACGACAUUGACUCCGCUAUUUCUAUACUUGUCAAUGGAAUCCUCGAUAUUCAAUCUUCUGAUGCAAGAUUGAGUUCUGCAGAUAUUGGGAACCACGAUCGCAAAAAAUCUGCAUCUGAUGCCGAGUCAUCCGUCUCUCCCACAGACGAGUUCCCUGUAGCGGAAUUUUCGCGUUUAGAGGCCAGCGUAUUCGUUGAAAAAUGGAACAUCCCCUGUUUGCGUUCACAGUCGUUUGGAACCUGCUUGCAAAGUUCUAUUCGUCUCGUUGAAAAGCAGGGGCUCGUUGUAUUCAGCAAGAUUGAGGAACUCAACCGUUUUGUUACAACUUGUCUGGAUGAAUGUCUAAAAAAGUUACUUACUUCUUCUGCUGUGCUUACGUGGGAUGCUGAAACGCUCGAGGGGGUACAUAACAUGCUGGAGUUAGUUGUUCAGCUAGCGGCUGAAUUCCUAAAGGCAGUUCAAGUCAGUAUGCCUCCAGACGUUCGGAGAGAUCCUAUUGUGCCCAUACCCAGUUUCAAUCUUCCUUCAGGAAGGACACUUAUUGAGGCUGUAUGUAGUGCGUACGACAAGCCAUUCGAACAGACUGAAACGAAUAUGCAUCUUACAGCUGUUCUUCUACGCUACCUAAGUCUCAUCUUUGACCCGGAAUGUAGCUACCAUCAACGUUGUCGAGAUCGAACGACAAACACUGGAACCUACAUCAUAAAGUUUUCAACUAAAGGGAAGGCUGAUCCAAACGUGUUCGAAAUUAGCAGAGCUUUCAAACGACUUCAAGCCUUUUACAAGCAAAUACAUGUGACCCUCAUGCCGCUGUCGAAUGCCGUCGACUAUCUGACAGCUAGCUGUCUCCUGCGUUAUGCCACCUGGCCCAUGGUGCGUGCUCUGUGGAAGCUGAACAAUCUGACAUCGGAGGACCUAAACCGACAGGGCGUUCAAGUUUUUGAAAUGACCACCUGCCUGCGCGUCCUGUGCUACCGAAUAGCCAGCCUGAAACUGCCUGCCUCGGAGGCCUGCGUGGUACCAAUCACCAGUGAGGAGGUCUGCACCCCCUGCCAGCCGGAUUGG